AUGCAUUACAUUGUGUUAUUUGAUUCUGGUGCAUCGCAUUCCUUUGUGGCUGAUGAUUUCUACCGAUCAACCAGUUUACCGUUAGAGUCGACUCGUGAGGGUUUGUCGGUGUCAACACCUCUGGGGAAGACUGCAGUGAUAGAUCGAUUUUGUUCAUCUUGCCCCAUUCUGAUCGAGGAUAUCUUUUUGCUUACUAAUCUGUUCAUAUUGCCGAUGUCCGAGUUUGAUGUCAUCUUGGGCAUGGAUUGGAUCGCCGAGUACCAUGCUAUAUUGGAUUGCUCUGCGAAGAUAGUCACGUUCUGUAUACCCAGCAUGCCAGAGUUUCAGUUUGUUACCGAGCCUAGAGGAGAGCAGCUUUCCUGUCUGUUGUUGUGUGCCGUUGAGGAGUCAGUUAAUUUUAGUAUCGACCAUAUGCCGAUCAUUUAUGGCUUUCCUGAUGUGUUCCAGGAGAUUCUGUUGUUACUAGCUCGUCGACACACCGAGUUCCAGAUUGAUCUCGUGCCCGGUAUCGCGCCUAUAUCAAAGGCCCCGUAUCAUAUGGCACGGUUGGAGUUGCGGAAACUGCAGAAGCAGUUGAUGAAUUACGUGAUCUAG